AUGGCAAAGGGGCAAGACACGAUUGCUCGAGGCAGUCGCCCUAUUGGAGAGUGCAAAUGGCAACAUGGCUGCGUUCUCUUGCAGACGUACCAGAGGAUCAAGGCGAACCGGCAAGGGCGCCUACGGAUCAAGAAUCGGAAGAGGAAAGCGGACGAGGCCACAUGCCCUGUGUGCAACGAGCGCGUACAAGGCAGCGUGGAGGAGCUCAACGGCCACGUUGAGAUGUGCUUGAGGAAGGGUUUGCGGCCGCUUUUGUUGGCGGCCGGCAGCAAGGGCCGCAGCGCCUCGCCCACGCAGCCCCUCUGCCCACAGACCGGCGGCGCCGCUGACGAAGACGAGAAUGUGGAUGUGGAGGGCGACACCGAGAUGUUCGAAGAGUACGAGUGGGCGGGCCAGCGCAGGAUACGCGCUACCACGCUGCUGGUCGGCGGUUUCGCAGCGGCUGGGCUGGCCACGACGAGCUCGCGGCCGUCGCCUGUGGACGAAGACGUGGACCUGGUGGUGGACGGCGACGACUCCGCCACGUACGGCCCGCCGCAGUACAGCGAGGCGGACGUGGUGGUGACGAGCGCGGACGGCCCGCGGGACGCGCGCGAGCGCGACGCCCUGCGCGAGGCUCUCAUCAGCCCCGACGGUUCCAAGCGGGAGGCGCAGGCAGCCAGCGGCGGCGCGUCGGGCGGCGCGGGCGCGGCGGCGUCGGGAGGCGCCGCGGGAGCGAGCAGCGGCGACGGCGACGCCAAGGAGGAGGGCGCGGCGGGUGCCGGCCCUGGCCAGCAGCAGCAGCAACAGCAGCCCUCGCAGCAGCAACAGCAGCAGGCGGAGGCGGGGGCCGGCGGCGGAAGCGGAGGCGGCGACGGAGCCGCGGCAGCGUCCCCCGCCGACGCCAACCCCGUGCUGGAGGCGCUCAAGUCGCGCAUCCGCGAACUCGAGGGCGAGUCGAGGGCCGGCGACGACAAAUUCAAGUGUCUCAUCUGCAUGGAACGAUAUAAGAAGCCCGUCAUAUCCGUGUGCUGUUGGCACGUCCACUGCGAGGAGUGCUGGCUACAUACACUGGUAAUGUUGGCUGGCCGGCCGCAACCCCGGGGUGGCGAGCGCGCCUCGGCCCCGGGCGCCGUGGCGGUGACGUUGACCAUUGUUUUGGGUGGCUUCCUCAGGUUCAAGUAGACCUCUCACGCACAAGCGACGACGCUGUUGCCAGUGCCGGGCGUUCCUUGCGCGCUUAACGCAUGUGUGCCAGUCUGCUCAUAGUUGGUUGCCUCUCAGCAAGCCCAUCUAACAAUAGGCAAAGCAGUACAUCACUUUAAGCGAUUAUUCUUUACACAAUGAUCUUGCGAAGUAUAUCAGAUAAUUCAAGAUCCGGGAAUGAUAUAACAUAUUUUUGAUUUUUUGCUUGUAUUCACAUUAUGCCCGGUUAGGAAAUAGCACAUCUUGCAUUUCAAGAUAUUCCUUAUUUGUCUUGUGCUUCUCCGGCGAAAUAUGUGACGUUGUGUAUGCGAUUAAUAUUUAUGUGUGAUUGUAAAGCAUUGUCUGUAUAGAACAUCAAGGAAAUUUACAACAUACCCAAAGAAAGUUCCAACUUCGAAAUGAACUGCGGCAACGUGCCAAUAUAGAUUGCGAUUUCAAGAGGCUUGUAGAAAUCUGCGAGUACGCAAUACGCUGCGCAAGAGGGCGAUGCACGAGUGAAUCGCUUGCAAUUGAAUGCUGCUUCGGAUCCGGCCGGCUCCCAUUAACGGAGCCCCGUCGGAGCAAAUCCAAAAUGCGCGGUAUGGUCAGGGAAGAGUUCCUACUGAGCGCCUUAGUAUUCUUCACCGUAUGCUCGACACACUGACAAGUAAAAAGUAAUCCCUUCGGACCAAGCCCAAUACAUCACGAACCAUCGUAAGGGCCGCCGGCAUCCUAAGACACCCCGACUUUUCAGCGCAGCCAGAACAGCCUAUUUCUACUUCUCAGGUUCUUGUACACAAGAUAUCGACAUCGUUUGGACCUACAUUUCGCAUCGUACGUUUCAGCAUCCAUAUGCGUCUGGACAUCGUAAGAAAAAAACUUGGAAUGAAUACUCCGGAUGUUUAAAAGGGAAAAGCCGCCACGCAAGCUUCUUCACAGAGAGAAUCGCCUGCGAAUAUUUUCAGCGUCUUUAAAAAGAAAACAAAGAGCUAUGUAUUUUGGAUGCAUUAAGGAUCGAUCACUGUUUUUGAAUAUUGCUUUGUAGACAACUUUAUUUCCAGUUAAUUUAACCCAGGAGAGCUGGAAGGAUGAAUGUCCACGUGAGUGCCAUUAUUCAGGCUAAUUUGUUUUUCUGCGGAGACAACAGCGAUCAUUUAUUCGUGAUACCUUAGGCACGAAAAGAAUACGACCACGACGAAAUGCAUCUCGUUAUUAUAAAUAUCAUUUCGAUUCGCAAGAGUUUUUGUAUUUUGUAAUGAUCCAAUUUACAGUCAUUAAAUGUGUGACAAAUGCUAAUGAAAUACGUAGAAAACUUGGCCAAAAGCACGAUGUUUCUCGCAAGUGAUAGAAAUAUCAAGGAAACUAAAGUUUCAAAAUUAGAAAAAGUAUAUGAAUUUAAUCGUUGGAAUAAAAAGAACAAAAACUUGUAGCACGUUUUUAAUUUUAUCCUUUGAGAAUUGUAAAUUAAUUGAACUGUGAAGACUUCAAGUGACAUUUAAUGUCGUGCUAUGGUUUUUGACUUUUCUGCACAUCGGUCACAAAUGUAACGCACGUAAAAAAGUGGAUUGCGAGAAUGGGAAAGCGCCCAAGUGUUGGACGCGCUUCUUCCCGCGCCCAGCGCGGAGUCUCCUGAAGUGCGUGGGGGCACUUGGCUUGAGCAACUUGCGCGGCGGUGCGCGAACGCAUCGCCCGUAAUGAGAUGAGGGGCUGAGCGCUGCGGGCCGUGUGUUGUGGUUUUGUUAUUAGGGCUCUUCGCCUCAGGAGGGGGAUUUCCUGUGGAUGAUGUACGGAUCCUACACCGACGGACAACGCUGCAAAUAGAACCACCGGCUACGAUCCCAAACGGCGUGUUGUUUGACUUGAACUGAAGCGACAGUGGCAAAUUCUUUCCGAUACGAAGGAAGUGCUCCGAAUUGAUUGAUUAUACCAAAUAGAAGUUAUCAAAAGUUAUACCGAAUAGAUGAUUACCUGUUAGGGGAGGAAUUCAAACAAGAGUCAUUAUUAAUAUUUUAAAUUCUGAAAGUGAGGUAAUACGAUCAUCCAACGAGUAUUUUUUGGUUUGUACCAUAGCAACAGUGGCACAUCGGUUCCGGCACAAGUAAGCUGAAAGGAUAAUAAUGACGAGAAUGAUACGAAAUAGAUUAUUAAAUCAUCCCCAGGGAACUCGACCUAUCAUCAUAAAUAUAUUUUAAAUUAAGAAAGCAAGAUAAAUGGAAUUCUCAAAAUAUGGCUAUGUUGAGAUAAAAUUUGAUUAGGCGUUAUAAUAGAUAUUAUUCAUAAAUGCAGGGAGUAUAAUUUUAUAUUUUAGAAGAAAUACACCAAUAAAGUCGGUGAGUUCGUAAUGACUAACUACUUAAAAUUAAAACAUUGGUUUUGUCUGUAACGCGGUAAUUAAAAUUCAAGAAGUUUACGAGAUUGAAGUUUGAGUGUAUGGAGAAAUGUUGAAAAAAAAAUAGUAAGAUAUUAAAACAAAUGUUCAGAUAAUAAAAGCAAUAUUUGGGAAACACAGUGAACAGAAAGAAUGUCUCGCCAGGAAAUGAAAUUAGUAUCUGUGUUUGAACUCUUUUUUAACAAAGAGUUAAAUGUUUCGUUUGUGAGCAAAGAGUUAAGUUUAUGAUACUUACCAAAUUCUAGAAAUCGCCAUUUUGACGACCUUGAUAAAAACUACGAAAUAUCUCAGAAUUCGUCUAUUCGAACAUAGGAUGUAAGUAAAAGAGGAAACAGAACGUACGACAAAAAAUCCUUAAAAGGAAAUUAAUUUAAUACACGAAAUGAGAAAUAUUAUCCUGGGUGAAAAGGUGAUACUAUUUUCUAUUACAAAAAUAUUAAGUGAAAUCAAUUAUAAAAUUAUAUAAUUUUCUGAAUGACGUGUUUGAAGUGGUGUAUGAAAUCGCUUGCAAUAAAUUAAUAAAUCAUUCUCAAGUAGUAUUUCUGAAAUAUAAAUCGAAGUAAAAGUUUUGAAAUAUGAUUUAAGUGUCUAAAUACUUGUCAUUAUUGUUGUAUCAACAAUGAGAAAGAAAAAAAUGUUAUGUCUAUUGCAUCAAGAAUGUUGAAGAUCAAUGUAAAUGCUAUACAUAUGAAUAACCUACAAGACUGCCAUAAACUAAAAAAUUCUUUCUAUAUCUGACCGUAACGAAACUAGGAAAUUCUAUAAAUAUUGAAUACACGGUUGGCAAUUCUGGACGUUUUACUACUUAUUUUUUAAUUCACUUCCUUAAAAAUAUUGAGAAUAAGAACAAUGUAGCCAUCUACUAAAUUAUUGACAUAGGUCGUAUUAUGAGUAUCAUUAUGAGUUGUAUUAAACAAUUGAAGAUCUAAUCGAAAACGUUAGGACUAUAAGACAAGUCACGACCUUUAAAAAAAUAUAUCCAUAGAAUCAGAACAUUACGCCAAAUUUCACACAAUCUGCAGCAGCCUCAUUAACGGAGUUACCGUAGUUUAGUAUGACCCAUUAACACCAAAUGUGUUACGCCUAAUUUAUACAGAAUUUUUGGAAACAAAAAGAAUCACUUUCUCAUUGGGUGCAGUGUGUUGCAAAAGUUAAAAGGCAUAUCGGAACAAAAUUAAAAAUCUGAAACACCUCGAAUGUCUCGAGUACGUGUUAGUUUGACAGAAAGCUUCACAAAAGCAUGUCUCCCAUUUAAGAUUAUUGAAUGGCUAAAUGUUAAAAAAAUGCCACAUUUUAUUGAUAUUUUAUAAAUGUUUUGAAGUCUGCAAGUUAAUGUUACGAAACAUAUGUAUAUGAAUUAAAAUUGACCCAGCAAUUUUGGAAAUAUCGCCAAAUGCUCUUGAUUUCAAAUCCAUGGAUCAGCAAAUCCCAAAUGCCUGCAAGGCCCGAAUAAGAGAUGAGAUGUGCUCCGCCUUGCGGCCGAAGUUCAUCACUCCACCGCACUUGUGCUGCGUCUUCUGCUUCAAAGCUGCAGCGGUAACAGGGCGAAGAGCAGCAAUUGGACUUGGAGACUCCGUCCUUAUUCCACGGGUCGGCAGCCCUUGGCCCUGGUCACCGCCGCGGCCUCCUGGUCGUCGUCAUCAUCAUCGUCGUCGUCGCCUCCGUGUUGCGGCCGCCUCCAUCGCGAGUCCGUCACCGGUCGGCAACGAGCGGGCGCGCUGGCUGAGCGCAGACGUCGGCAGAUUGACAUCACAAAGAGCAAGAGCGCCUGUACCCCUAUUGUCCGUGCGUCUCAGCACUGAGUCCUUUGCGGGCAGGAGUUAUAGCCUCCGCGACCGGCCACUGGCCGUGAUUUAAUGACUCUAGUGCGCGACCGUCGCAUGCAACGUUUUGAUGUUGGAAAUAUUGGCGACGUACCAGGACGAACAUUCGGUUGAAUCUUAUGAGAUGAGGUAUGCUGUAGAUUGUCGUGACCUGACAUGAACGACUCUUACUAUAAGGAUUGCCUUUUUGAAAGCAAACUGAGAACGAAGAGAGAUUAUCGGAACUGUACACGUGGCUCAUAUAACCAUAAAUGCUGUUUGAUGGUUAGAAGCAAUAACGAAGAACGUGGUUGCAUGCGCCCAAGAUGGGAGAGAACGUACUUUAACGAUUAAUUUGCAUCCUCUGCUGACGCAUAUACAGUACGUUAAAAGAAAGAAAGAAAAGAAGAUGGUUAUGUUGAAUAUUUCGCACGUCACGUACGACACCAGAACGUCCCGUAAUGGAAAGAAGCCCGGGAGCAAAGAAGCUGUGUCCACAAUGCAACAUGAUCACCUCGCCGUCGGAUUUGAGGCGAAUUUAUAUGUGACGACAAGAAGAGAUGGGUUGAAAUAAAAUCAGUGCGCGAAGAAGCAGAAGAAUUAAAGAUUGCUUUCCCAUCCCCGACUCAAGCUUUGGACUUCGUUGUUCUCUUGAAUGUAGCUGAAACCGCAGACUUGCCAUCGUGGACUUCUGUCGCAGCGGACGAGUUCGGAAAGACUAAAUGGUGCGCGCCCAGUUUCUGAACUAACGCUCCGCAGAGAACAGCAAGACGCUUUCUGUUGGUUCGGAACCUCAAAUGCUUCAUCAAGUACAGAAUCUGCGGUGACUCCGUAUCACUAAAUAUCGUAUUGCAUAGACACUAUCCAUGUAUAUGUAUAUGUCUGCACGAAUAAUUUACACGCAUUCAUCGUGCGUAAUCUAAAGCGUUUCGCGUCGUUAUCCUUCGGCUCUAAUUUAUUCGUUAAAAGAUUGGAUCAUGAAAAAGUGGAGCGCCGAGUCUGUGGUAUGUGGCUUCGGGGUCUUCUACAUGUUUACACGUUUACCGUCUAUGUAUGUGUGUGGAUGUCGUCUCGCAGGCAGACAGAAGGAGAGCGGGGCGCGCGGCGAGAGACUCAUCGCCUGGCUGCCGGCCGCCGCCCGUCCCAGCCCGCCCACCCGCCCGCGCCGACUCCUCGCAUUUCAUCGUGUUACCCUGAGUGUGUCACCUGAAUGUUUUGUUUACCCUCGAAGGGCUUGCCUGUUCCACGCCAAUGUCCUCACUGGUGUAGGAGCUCUUGUCCUGGAGCUUUCCUUUUAGGUAAAAGAGCUCUCGCCAUUCCCGACGACUAUGCGAUUAUUCCAAACUAUUUCCGUUCCCUCAUCCUGUAUUCUUAUCCGCGAUUUCUUUUUCACCUGCCGUUUUCAUUUAUCAUUGCACAUACCGUUUCCCGUUCUCCUGUUAAUAAUCAAUCCAACCUUUCCUCCUUCCCCGCUUUUGUGUAUCCUUUUCUUUAAACAUCUCCAGCUGUUCCUCCUCUUAUCUUCGCCCAUAUUGUGACAUCUUGUCUGCGCCCGUGCCGUCACUUCUCUUCCUUACCUCCAGUCAUGACCAGUGUGUGUAUACAUGUGUAUAUAUGUGUUGUUUCGCUCUCAGCGAUUCGACAUAAGGGCUUUGUUCCCUCUCACUAUGCCACAAUUGAAUUUCGCGAGUAGAUUUUUUUUAAUUUUAAAGAGAUAGCAUGUAUGAUGAAGCACAAUAGGUGUAAAUGCGACAGUUUUCCGACGAGAGCCACGUCAUUUACCCUCGUGUCCAAAAGGAUGUAUGUGAGAACGCGAGCAUUAUUCCUAUUCCGCUUUGUUAUGUUACAAAAAUUCACAUGACAAAUCUUCCAUGUACUUAAUGCGCACCGAACGUGUGACGUAUCUUAUAACCACAAAGCAGUUAAGUUGUGUUCCCGAUCAUUCCUUCUAUCAUGUUCUCUCUAUCUCUCUUUGACUCGUCUUAUCUCUCAUAAUCUGUUUGUUCCCACCCAUUAUCUUCUUACACAUAUUUGUUUCAAUGUAGAUGCCGCAUGUCAUUUCAUGUGAUGACAGAUGCAUCAAAUCCGCCUCUUAAUAGCUUAUAAUGUAUUAUUGUGUGUUUGCAGUUAUCAAAGAAACAUUAGGCAUUGUUCUUUUGUUCCUGUAUUCAAAUAAAGGUGACUAAAUGACCA